AAAAGUAUCCAAAAGGCGUUUCGCCCAUUAAAAGGAAGAAGAUCCUCUUUGCAGACAACAAGAUAUCGAAUCGAAGAACAGAGACUAAAAAAACCCUAAAGUUUUCUCCUUUCUUUAUUAUCAAUGGCGGAUUUGAAUAAACUAGAGAGCGGGGGAGCCGCCGUAACAGGCGACAUUGGAGUCGAAGCCGGCGGCGGCGGCGGCGCAGCGGUGGAAGAGAGGGAGAUGCUAGCGGAGUUGGAAGGAAUAUCUGUGUUGGACUUCGAUCUGCUCUGCUCGACGGUGGCGCUUCAGACUCAGGGGAAAUGGAGGAAACUAGAAAGCUCGGAUGAAGAAGAUGCGGCGGAUGAUGAAUACGGCGGCGGCGUUUUACGCCUUUGGGAAGGGGAUGUUAUGGAUUGCCUCGAGGACCGUCAUCUCUGCAUAGAAUCCGCUUGCUGUCCGUGUUACAGAUUUGGGAAGAACAUGACGAGGACCGGUUUUGGUUCUUGCUUUCUUCAGGGUGCUGUUCAUAUGAUUCUUAUCAUUGGUCUCCUAUUCAACGUUGCAGCUUUUGCUGUAACCAAGAGGCAUUGCUUUCUCUAUCUGGCUGUUGCUUUCCUCCUUUUGAUUGCAUCCUACCUAGGUUUCUUCCGUAUGCAGAUAAGAAGGAAGUUUAACAUUAGAGGGGAUGAUAGUUUCUUUGACGAUUGCAUCCACCACCUCAUGUGUCCCUUCUGUACAUUAACUCAGGAAUCGAAAACACUGGAGAUAAACAACGUCCAUGAUGGUAUCUGGCAUGGUCGAGGAGACACGCUAUGCAUAGGCGGCUAUCCUGAAGGAAAAUCUUUGCUUCAGCUUCACUCUCCUCCAGUUAUUGUAUCAACAAUGUCAUCUGAACCCUAAGACAGCACAGCAGAGAGAGUCGCAUGUAAAAUGACACCAAGCUCUGCGCCUCCGUACCCAUAGGCAUUGGUAUCAUAAUCAUGUGAGAAGAAAACUUUCACGUUUGUUUUUCGAAACUGUGAUAUAUAUAGCAAACAUGAAAGUUCUGACUUCAAAGGAGAAACGUUGAGAAGCCAUUUGUAUGCUAUUACCAGUGCCAGUUAUCUGUAUAUAGCCCCACCUAUUUGUAUGAUAAUAUAUUUGAUGAUGAUGAUGGUCACAUACAACCGUUGUAGUUUACAGACAAGAUGUAAGGUCAAUUCAGUUUCUUAGGUGAAUAAACGUUGCUGAUUAGACUGAGA